GGUUCUGGGCGGCCUGCGGCCCAACCUGGUGGACCUGACUCAGGCCAGAACAGAAGCAACCGCCAGAACCUGGAGCUCGCCUUCCGCCUGGCCGAGAGGGAGCUGCACAUCCCCAGACUCCUGGACCCCGCAGAUGUGGACGUGCGGGAGCCUGAUGAAAAGUCGAUCAUGACGUACGUGGCUCAGUUCCUGCAGUACUCUAAAGACAUGCCUGUAUCAGACGAAGAAAUGCCGGCGGUCUACAUGACUCCUCCUCAGUGUUUGUCUCCUAUCAAUCUGCCUUCAAACUUCACUCCGGCCAUUUCCGCUUCUCCAUACCGACAGGAGCUCCUGCUCAUGCCAUCUACCCUCAGGAGCCCCUGCCAGUUACCCGACCUCUCCAGAUCUUUCUCCCCAGGGACCUCAGCCAAUCAGAAGGCACAGGAAGUGACAUAUUGGCUGGAACAGGCCUAUCAGGAGCUACUUGAGGGGUGGGACUCCACAGAGGGAGAGAGCUAUGCUGAGAGAUAUCAUGUGUUCCAAACCUUCAUCGUGUCAUUUAACGAGCAGCGUCGGCCUGUGAUGCCGUUGCUAACGGCGAUGAGACGCACCCCAAAACUGAGUGAGGAGCAGAGGGGACUCAGAGCAGCCUGGGACUCCCUAGCUGAGAAGCUGCGUGAGUACAAGACAGAGCUGGACCUCAGCCUGCCCGCUCCCCUGGACACGGUGGGCCGCUGGUUGCUACGGGCGGAGGCGGCGCUGUCGGACGAGGAGGCGGACUCUCAAGACCACACCCGCGCCGCAGAGGAGGCACGAGAGAAACGGGAGCAGCUCAAGGCGAGCCUGGAGGAAAUGCCUCGGCACUUAAAGACGUUUCAGAUGUUCCAGAACAUGGAUGAGUACGGAGGAGAGACUGUUCCCACCGACAAACUGGAGGAGAUCAAGAGGAGGUUCACCAGUGUGCGGGUCACUGCUAAGUACCACGGUGUGCGGCUGGAGUACCAGGAGCAGAGGCACACGGCACUGGAGCUGCUGCUGCUGAUCAACAUCAAGCUCAACACCUGGAAACGCGCCUACAUCUCCCAGGAGGCCGUGCGGGUGCUGCUGCAGGACUGGCAUGAGACGGUGGAGAAGCAGGAGCUGGUGGUGCGUCUGGAGGGUGUUCUGGUGAAACUGAAGAAUAUCGUCUCCAAAUACAGCAGCAAGUCUGCACUGGCUGGUGAGGCGGCCCUGGUGGAUCAGCAGCUGAAGAUGCUGCAGGCGGACUGUGCGGUUGCCAUGGAGGCGGUGGCGGCGGUGAAAGGCACCAUGGGAAGGGUGCUGGCGGCGUUCGACUCGUUCUCCGACCUCCACAGCUCACUACUGGCCUGGCUGGAGCAGGGAGCGCAGAGAGCAGAGGUGAGUGCGGAGGUGAUGUCUGAGUGGGGGUGUCGUCAGGCUCGUCUGACCCAGGUGGGCAGUUACCUGCUGGAGGUGACCGACCCCCAGACCAGCCGCAGCCUGGGGGAGGAGCUACGCCGCGUCAACCUGCACUGGGACCAGCACGUCAGGAGGGUGGGUGGCGGGCGUGCGGCGGAGCAGCCAAUGGCGGAGCAGGAGGAGGGGCCAGUGCAGGUGCGACCGCAGACGCUGCAGGUGCUGCUGAGGGAGGCGACUCAGCUCCUCAAGGAACCGCUGGACAUCAUGUCCAGUCCACUACGCACCUACCGCAAGAGACUACAGUUCAUGAUGAUGAAGAUUAAGGACGUGGACGUGGACACACUGACCCCGUCACCAGAGUUCCCUGCCGAGACCCUGCAGAAGUUCAAGCAGGCCAUGCCAGAGGUGCUGCAGACCCUGUGUGAGGCGAUGCAGGUGUGUGAGGAGCUGCAGCAGAGUGUGUGUGGUCUGGAGAGUCGGCUGGCUGAGCUGCUGCUGUGGGAGUCAGAGGCCCGAGAGCUCUACCAGCUACUGAGACACAAGCACAGAGGACAAGACCCCAGGACCACGGAGCUGAUCUCUCGUGGGCUGCAGCUGGAGGGCCAGGUGGUGAUGGAGGAGCAGGACCUGCAGGUGAUGGUGAUGAGCGGCCAGAAGAACUCUCCCCUGCAGUACCUCAUCGCCUCCAGCAUGCAGGACCGUAUACGCAGCGCUGUGUCCAGAUCUCAGGAGGUCGUUGGCCUGCUCAGUUCUCUGGGUUCUCGACGAGACCAGAGUCCCCCCAGAGACCAGCCCCCCGCCAAGAUCUUUGUCCAAUCACCAGCCGAGGCCGAGGCCCCUCCCCCUGCUCAGCCUACUGACCAAUCAGUGCAGCAGGAAUCAGCCAUGCGCCCGAAGGCCCCGCCUCUAGCCCAACCCUCAGAUGAGGUCAGGAGCUCAGGCCCCGCCCCUCAGCCGCCAUUGGCCCAGCCGGUUCCCCAGAUCAUCGUGCAGGAGUUCGGAGAGGAGCUCAGUGUCGCUCCACCCCAGCAGCCCCCCCACCCAGAGAGGGGCCCCCAGACCCCCCCCACGGACGCUCCGGCGCAGGCCAGCGUGAGGCCAAAGAGCCGCACACGUCCCCAGACCCAGGCUGCAGCGCAAGAGCAGCCUCAAGGGGGCGUCCUGGAGCACAGGCCCCCCCCGACCCCUCGCCAGCCCCAACAGAGCCAGGAGCCGGCCCCCCCUCAGGCACCACAGCCCGUCCAGCAACCGCCGCCGCAAGAGCCUGCCGCCACACCCCUCGACAUCAAGGCCCGCAAGGCCCUGGCCCGACAGAACCGACCCUGGCUGCAGCAGAAGGCAGCAGCACAGACAGACACUGAGACCCGGUCAGAGGCUCAAGGCUCAGGCCAGAGGGUACCGCCAACGGCCACAGUGCAGGGAGAAGCACACACCGUGAGUCAACCUCAACCACCAAUGGCAAGCCAAACUCAACAACCGGUCCAAAGUCAGACUCAACAACAAGCAAAGAUCCAGUCUCAACAACCGGUCCAAAGUCAGACUCAACAACAAGCAAAGAUCCAGUCUCAACAACAAGUCCAAAGUCAGACUCAACAACAAGCAAAGAUCCAGUCUCAACAACAAGUCCAAAGUCAGACUCAACAACAAGCAAAUAUCCAGUCUCAACAACAAGUCCAAAGUCAGACUCAACAACAAGCAAAUAUCCAGUCUCAACAACAAGUCCAAAGUCAGACUCAACAACAAGCAAAGAUCCAGUCUCAACAACAAGUCCAAAGUCAGACUCAACAACAAGCAAAGAUCCAGGGACAACAACUCGUCCAAACGCAACAACAAGAGGUCAAAAUCGAAGGUCAGCAGGUGGUUUUCAGCAAGACUCAACAGCAGCUGGUCAGUCAGUCUAAAGCACAAGCACAGAGCCAGCCACAGCCACAGCCACCAGCGACCAGCCAAGCCCACACAACAACUAUGACCCAGCCUCAACAACCUCCACCACCUCAUCCAGCCCAACCCCAGGCCUCAGCCUCAGGCCCCACUCCACCCGCGGUUGGUGUGAGCCAAACCCAGCGGCCCGCGGCGAUGUCUGUCCAGCAGCAGCAGCCAGUGACCCCCCAAACUCAACCACAGACCCCAACGAGAGGCCCAGCUCAGACUCAGGCUGGGGUGCAGAGGCAUCCGCAGCCAAUGGCAGCUGCCCAGAGUCAGUCGGUGGCCUAUAGUCAGUCCAUGGCUAAGACCCAGUCAAUGACCCAGAGUCAGGGUGUAGUUGCAGCUCGUCCCCAGCAGCAGCAGCAGCCUCCAGCUCAGUCCAGGCCACAGACGCAGCCUCGUCCCAUGGCGCCAACCUCGCCCACCCCCAUGCCACCUGCCCAGCCCCAGAGACAGCUUCAGCAGCAGGCUCCCGUCCGGGGUGCCCACCCAGCAUCGGCACCCCAGACCUACCCUGCCCAGGGAGGUGCCCACCCAGCAUCGGCACCCCAGACCUACCCUGCCCAGGGAGGUGCCCACCCAGCAUCGGCACCCCAGACCUACCCUGCCCAGGGUGUUGCCCCCCGGGCACAGAUGCCCCAGACCUACCCUGCCCAGGGAGGUGCCCCCCGGGCACAGAUGCCCCAGACCUACCCUGCCCAGGGAGGUGCCCCCCGGGCACAGAUGCCCCAGACCUACCCUGCCCCACGGGGGUUGUCCGUCACCCCCCUGCAGCCCAAACCCAGCAGCCCCAUCCAGCCACGCAUCAUCAGCAUGCCCCCGGCUCGCCCCCAAGGGCCCAUGCAGCCCCAGCGUUCUGUUGCCCCUCAACACCCUGGGCAGCCUCAGCCCUUGCGUUCUGUUGCCCCUCAACACCCUGGGCAGGCUCCUGCCCCCAGGGCUCCCCAUCCUGCCCCUCCACAACCCCAGUACCAGCAGUGGGGGCCCCUGAAACCAGAGGUGGUGCCCCAGAGUUACCCCAGGGCCCAGACGCAGGCCCCCAUGCCAGCCCAGAUGCCCUCCAUGGGGCAGUACCCACUCUACCCCCAGCAGCCUGUUGCCCCACAGCAGCAGUGGGCCCCGAUGAGACCCGGUUUAGUGCCCCAGACCUACCCUCGGCCUCAGACCCCCACAGAGGCGCCCGUGCCGGCAGGCACAUAUGCCCAGAUGCCAGGGUACCCCAACACCUCGCCUGCAGGGUACCCCAACACCUCGCCUGUGCCGCCCCAACAGCAGUGGGCGAGCGUGAGGCCAGAGAUGGCGCCCCAGUCGUACCCGCAACCCGGAGCCCAGAUGGCGCAGGUCCGCGCGGUGGCCCCCCAACCAUGGAGCCCCAUCAGGCCAGAGGCUCCGCAGCAGGGGUACCCUCAGGCUCAGGGUCAGGGGUACCUGCCCUCCCCGGCUCCGGGUCAGUACCAGCCACAGCAGUGGAUGCCCGUCCAGCGGCCCGAGGCCUACCCACAAUCCUCUGCUCAGGCUAAGGUCCCGCAGGCGGUCCAGCAGCAGCAGUGGGUCCAGACCGCGACACACAUCCCUUCCCCGGUCCAGAUGCAGGCCCCGAGACCAAUCCAGACACAGGCCCCGAUCAGGGCACCAAUGCCAGUCCAGCCGCCCACCCCGAUCCCCAGCCAAUCAGCUGCUCCAAUACAGGCGGUCACAACAAUCCAGAUGGCAGCGCCUAAACCCGCGCAGCCACCAACCCCGAUCCCAGCGCAGACAUCCGCCCCGAUCCAAACACCAACCUAUAAACCAGCACCAACCACGGCUCAGCCAGCGGCCUCAUUCCAACAGCCGGCCCAAACGCAAGCACCAACUCCAGGGCAACCCCCAUCCCAACCCCCCACCCAGAUCCAGAUCCAAACCCAGUUCCCUGCAGAGCAGCCAGAGCUGAGAGCCUCUCAGUGGGCUCCGCCCCGAGGUGAUGCCCCCUCCCAGGCUGCAGGCCCGCAGGCCCAGCCACAGCCCCAGCCCCCGGUGGCAGAGCUGCCCCAGACGCAGGCAGGGUCCCGGGGGAAGGCCUCAGGCCUGGCCCAGGCUCCACCGCAGGCCUACACGGAGGCGUACGCCAAGGCCCAGGCGCUGGCCAGGAACCACUUUGAGGAGGCCAAGCACUGCCUGCAGGGCCACAUCCUGGAGGCCAUCACUGUGUUCAGAGACAAGGAGCUCACCGAGGAGCAGGCCCUGGCCAAGGAGGAGAUGCUGCGCUCCCUGGACCCUGAGAUGCUGGAGGAGUUCCUGAGAGCUGCGGAGGGCAUGGAGGCCUUCUGCACCCCCUCUCAGCUCCGAGACAUGGAGUUCUUCACACAGUCCGUCAGGACACAGUGGGAGGGCGUGCGUGCUGCUGUUGCCGAGUAUGUGCUGCAGUUGAGAUUUGAGAUUAAAAGGCGGCAGCUUAACAGCUUGAUACAGAUGUGUGAAGUGCACACUAACACUCACGGCCUGAAGCGUAGGCUUGCCUCAGUCCCACAGGGACAGGCGUGUUUCUCGGUGGAGGGCAGCAUGGCGCAGGCGGGCCAGCAGCUGCAGGGCCUGAAGGAGCUGUGUGACACGCUGAGCCCCGAGGAUGCCCACCGGCUGGCACAGGCGCAGCUGCGCGAGUGUGAGAAGAGACUCGCCGCCAUCCAGCGCCAGUUCAGCGGGGAGAGAGACACACCACCGCCAGAGGCAGGGUCAGCAGAGAAAUCUGAACCCCAGUCCCAAACCACUACCCAAGCCCCGCCCACAGCCCAAACCCUAACCCAAUCACAGCCCCCAGCCCAAAGCCUUACCCAAUCACAGCCCACAGCCCAGCCCCAAGCCCCGCCCACAGCCAAAACCCUAACCCAAUCACAGCCGCCAGCCCAAACCAUUACCCAAUCACAGCCCACAGCCCAGCCCCAAGCCCCGCCCACAGCCCAAACCCUAACCCAAUCACAGCCCCCAGCCCAAAGCCUUACCCAAUCACAACCCACAGGCCAACCCGAGGCCCCGCCUGCAGUCCAAUCACAGCCCUCAGCCCAACCACAGGCCCCGCCUCCGCCCCAGUCUCCGCCCCAACCCAGGCCAGUGGCGCCCGAGGAGUCUACGCCCGUGACUUCUCCUGAGGCCUCCCCUGCGGUCAGGAAGUCCAAGACGGUCCAGAAGAGAGAGAUCGUCAAACAGAUGAGUGCAGAGGACGAGGCCACAAAGGAGGCCAUGGAGAGGUACCGGAGCUCACGAUUCGCUCUCGUGGCUCAGCUGAACAGGAAUGAGCAAAGCAUGGUGGGAGAUCUCCCGUCCGACUCCACCACCACCAGAGACCUGCAGAAACGCCAUAAAGAGCUGCAGGCCCUGACUGAAGAGUCGGAGGUGCUGUGGGGGGAGUUUGCGCGUCAGUGUUCUCAGGGCGGCCAGCUGAGGGAGCAGGAGCGCAGUGUGGAGCAGGAGCAGGUGGAGCUCGCCCUCAAGUGGAGAGAGCAGAAAACACACCUGCAGAACAGGGUGACGUCUCUAGGCUCUGCUCUCCAGCUGGUGGACUCCACAGAGCGCAGCAUCAGUGAGAUAUCAGAGCGACUGGACACCUUCAUCCAACAGCCCAAGGACAUCACCGCAUACACACUCACCAGCUCCAACAUCCUCAAGGACAUCAAGGACCUGGACGAGAGCAUCCAGAUGGAGAUGGACCGUCUGUCCCGCUUCGAUUCGGACCCGAGUCAUCUGGACCUGCGGGACCGAGCGCCGCUGACCCAGGUGGUUCUGAGCCACCGCGCGUCUCUGGAGCGUCUGCGUCAGCAGGUGCGUAAGAGCGACGCGGCCGCCCGCGCUCUCGACCGCUUCCUGAUGUCGCUGCGCACCGUGCACCAGGACAUCAGCGCCGUCCACAGCGCCCCCGGUGGAGACGCGCCGCUACUGCAGGACACCCGCGCCAAGCUGGCCCAGGUGCGGCCCGGCGUGGAGAGCCUGCGCGAGAAGGCGCCGCAGCUGGACCGGCUACUGGAGGGGGGGCGUCUGGAGGUGACCCAGGACGGGGGCGCGGCCUGCUGCCUGGACAUGGUGUCGGCGCUGCUCAGCGGGCUGGACGAGGCGGACGCACGGCUGGCGUCCAGGGAGCAGGAGCUCCAGAGGGGGCAGCGAGGGCAGGGACUGACCCGACGCACAAGCACACUCAUGGGCCAGCUCAGGAAGCUGCUCUCCGCCACAGAGCAGCAGGGACUCACAGAGCCCACCCUCCCCGCACUGCAGCAGAGGCUCCGUGCACUACAGGACCUGGAGGCCCAGCUCUCCUCCCUGCAGCCUGAGAUCAGCAGCCUGAAGGAAGCCGCCGCCCACCAGCACACGGAACACGAGCACACGGAACUGGACGAGCUGUGGGACGACACUCAGAGAGCAGUGACCGACCGGCAGGAACAGUGUACCAUUCUGAUGGAACUCCUGAAGAAGUUCCAGAGCUGCCGUAGUUACCUAGGCAACGUUCUACAGAGAGCAGAACACACCAUUAAUGAGCAAGCCUCCUACAUGGGCAAGGACAACCUCCAGAGACUCAUCACUACGGUCCACGGGAUCAAGGAUGAGCUGGGCGGUCUUGGGGACAAGAUGGAGGAGAUCAGAGCCGUGUGCAGGCAGCUGCAGUCGCACCUGAAGAAGAUCCCAGACUGCAAGGACACGCCCUUCGAAGGAGAGGCCGACGCCCUGGUGGACACCUGGCUGGACGUGACGGAGAAGACAGACGCCUACAUGGACAGCCUGUGUGUGGGGGUGGAGUUGUGGGAGAAGCAGCUGGUGCUGGGGGCGGAGGUGGAGUCUUGGGCUGCUGCCAAGAUGGCCGUCCUUGCCGAGUCACAUCCUUUCCACAGCGAGGAGCAGGUCCUACACAUGAAGGCUGAGAUAGAGACACAGGAGGAGAAUAUUGAGCGCUUUCAUAAGAAGACUCUGGAGAUUCAACAGCUGCUGCAGAGCAAAGAAGAACCGCUGGAGCUGCAGGUGAUGGAGACAGGUCUGCAUAAGCGUAUGGAGCAGGUGAAGGAGCUGUUUGCCGACACCACGGACGUGUUCCAGGAGCUGCAGGCCGUACGCAGACACCUGACCAACAAGAUGGCCGACGCUCACACCGCCGUCACGAGCAUCCGCUCCGCACUGAGCACGCUCACUACCCAUGACCACACACAGCUGCAGGGUCUGCAGGCGCGUCUGCAGGAGCAGCAGGAGCAGCUGGUGUCCCUGCAGAGGGAGGUGUGUGUGAUGUCCAGCGUGGCCGGACCUGAUGCCCUGGAGGCCCUGACCACCCACAGCGCCGCCCUGCAGGAGAGCAUCACACACACACAGCAGCUGCUGCAGCGCACACGCGAGGGGGGGGAGACCAGCAUCAUACACACCAUCAAAGAUGAGUGUCAUGCGUUUGAGGAGUGGUUCCAGGACCUGCAGCUGAGUGUGAAUGAGUGCUUUGAGAACCCCGAGAGACGUCAGGAUGUGGAGACCGCCCUGAAGAGACUCACCUCGUUCCUGUCCAGUAAAGAAGGCGAGCAGAGGUUGUCUCAGCUGCGUGAGCAGGUGGAGGGUUCUGGUAAGGAACGUCUGGGAGAGGAACUGCAGUCCCAGCUCCGGGUUCUAGUCCAGGAGCAGCAGGACGAGCUGGACACGUUCCGGGCCCACUGCCGGGACCGCCUGACCCUCAUGCAGGACACCAUGAAGAACAUUCACAGUCUGCAGGAAGAGCACGACUACUUCCAGGACUGGCUCCAGCACAGGGAACACAGAGAACCCACUGGAGAGGAGCUCAAACAACUACACCAGGAGUUCCUCUCACUCAGUGGGCGGGGCGAGUCCUAUGACUCACUGCUAAGUUCCGCCCAGAGGCGUGGCCUGCAUGGUGAGGCGCUGUUGACGGACAGCCAGGCGGUGCUGGAUCGCUUCCGCAGCCUGGGGGCUCGUCUGGAGCAGCAGGCCCAGCAGCAGGGGGCUCGCCUGGAGCAGCAGGCCCAGCAGCAUGCAGCCCUGCAGGGGGAGCAGCAGGAGAUCGCCGCCCUGCUGGACACCACCGUGACCUGGUUUAGGCAGCACAGCACAGGCCUGGACGCACGGGACGCCUCCACAGAACAGAGACAGAGACAGAGCACGGCAGAGUCGGUGCUGUCCCUGCGCUCUGAGGGCGACUCCCGUCUGUCGUCUCUGCGAGCGCGUGUGGAGAGUGUGUGUGCUCGUGAGGGCGUGGAGGAGGGAUGGAGGCGUGCGCUGCGGGAGCAGUUGGGAGGUGCAGAGGAGCAGUGGAGAGGAGCGCUGCAGGCUGCCCAGGAGAUGAAGAGCCAGGCAGAGCUCCAGGACUCCCUCUCCAGGGAGCUGCAGCAGCUCAGUACCCAGCAGGAGAGCACUCUGGCCUGGGUCAAGGAGCAGAAGCAGAGCCUGGAUACUCUGGAGGAACACGCAUCUACUGAGGACACACUCAACAGAGCUCAGUCGGUGCUGUCCCUGCGCUCUGAGGGCGACUCCCGUCUGUCGUCUCUGCGAGCGCGUGUGGAGAGUGUGUGUGCUCGUGAGGGUGUGGAGGAGGGAUGGAGGCGUGCGCUGCGGGAGCAGUUGGGAGGUGCAGAGGAGCAGUGGAGAGGAGCGCUGCAGGCUGCCCAGGAGAUGAAGAGCCAGGCAGAGCUCCAGGACUCCCUCUCCAGGGAGCUGCAGCAGCUCAGUACCCAGCAGGAGAGCACUCUGGCCUGGGUCAAGGAGCAGAAGCAGAGCCUGGACACUCUGGAGGAACACGCAUCUACUGAGGACACACUCAACAGAGCUCAGUCGGUGCUGUCCCUGCGCUCUGAGGGCGACUCCCGUCUGUCGUCUCUGCGAGCGCGUGUGGAGAGUGUGUGUGCUCGUGAGAGCGUGGAGGAUGAGAGGAGGCGCAAGCUGCGGGAGCAGUUGGGAGGUGCAGAGGAGCAGUGGAGAGGAGCGCUGCAGGCUGCCCAGGAGAUGAAGAGCCAGGCAGAGCUCCAGGACUCCCUCUCCAGGGAGCUGCAGCAGCUCAGUACCCAGCAGGAGAGCACUCUGGCCUGGGUCAAGGAGCAGAAGCAGAGCCUGGAUACUCUGGAGGAACACGCAUCUACUGAGGACACACUCAACAGAGCUCAGUCGGUGCUGUCCCUGCGCUCUGAGGGCGACUCCCGUCUGUCGUCUCUGCGAGCGCGUGUGGAGAGUGUGUGUGCUCGUGAGGGCGUGGAGGAGGAGAGGAGGCGUGCGCUGCGGGAGCAGUUGGGAGGUGCAGAGGAGCAGUGGAGAGGAGCGCUGCAGGCUGCCCAGGAGAUGAAGAUUCAGGCAGAGCUCCAGGACUCCCUCUCCAGGGAGCUGCAGCAGCUCAGUACCCAGCAGGAGAGCACUCUGGCCUGGGUCAAGGAGCAGAAGCAGAGCCUGGAUACUCUGGAGGAACACGCAUCUACUGAGGACACACUCAACAGAGCUCAGUCGGUGCUGUCCCUGCGCUCUGAGGGCGACUCCCGUCUGUCGUCUCUGCGAGUGCGUGUGGAGAGUGUGUGUGCUCGUGAGGGCGUGGAGGAGGGAUGGAGGCGUGCGCUGCGGGAGCAGUUGGGAGGUGCAGAGGAGCAGUGGAGAGGAGCGCUGCAGGCUGCCCAGGAGAUGAAGAGCCAGGCAGAGCUCCAGGACUCCCUCUCCAGGGAGCUGCAGCAGCUCAGUACCCAGCAGGAGAGCACUCUGGCCUGGGUCAAGGAGCAGAAGCAGAGCCUGGACACUCUGGAGGAACACGCAUCUACUGAGGACACACUCAACAGAGCUCAGUCGGUGCUGUCCCUGCGCUCUGAGGGCGACUCCCGUCUGUCGUCUCUGCGAGCGCGUGUGGAGAGUGUGUGUGCUCGUGAGGGCGUGGAGGAGGGAUGGAGGCGUGCGCUGCGGGAGCAGUUGGGAGGUGCAGAGGAGCAGUGGAGAGGAGCGCUGCAGGCUGCCCAGGAGAUGAAGAGCCAGGCAGAGCUCCAGGACUCCCUCUCCAGGGAGCUGCAGCAGCUCAGUACCCAGCAGGAGAGCACUCUGGCCUGGGUCAAGGAGCGGCAGCAGAGCCUGGAUACUCUGGCCAGGGGAACCCAUGGCAGCCCGGAACACCUGGAGGAAAGAUUCAACAGAGCUCAGGCUAUACUGAAUGUGAAAUCGGAGGGUAAUGGGAAACUGACGUCCCUGAAGAAGAGAGUGGAGGGUGUGUGUGCACGAGAGGACCUGGAGGAGAGCAGGAGGCGUGGCUUUCUCCAGUCGCUAAAAGACACGGACAACGAGUGGAGAGGAGUUCUACAGGCUGCCCAGGAACAACACAGUGUCCUGAAGCGUGUGAUGGAGCGGAUCGUGUCGUGCCAGUACCAGAAGCAGCAGACCCGGGACCGGCUGGACCAGCUGCGGAGGCAGACGGACGAGCUGCCGCGCGUGUUCCCCUGGCCGGGCCUGGGCGACCGGCGCCAAGCGGUGGACCGCGCGCGCGUGCUGCUGGAGAAGACCAGAACCGUGGCGCCGAGCCUGGCGGGCCUGCGGGCCAUGGGCCGAGAGCUCUACCAGAUCACACACGACCCCGGCUGGACCGACCGCUCGUGGGCCGCCAUGGAGGAGAGCGUGCCGGCGCUGCUGCAGGAGCUCACGGAGCUGGUAAAGACUAUGGAGGAGGGUAUUAUGGCAGAGAGGAGGUGUGUCCAGCUGGUGGAACAGCACAACGCAGCUCAGGAUUGGCUGAGAGACCAGGUCAAAGGUCUCACAGCCCCACCCAAGGAUCGGCAGGGCCUACAGGCGUCCAUCAACACACUCAAGGCUCUGCUGCAGACUGUGGACCGAGAGCAGCGUGAGAUGAAGGAGUGUGACGCGGCGCGUGAGUCGUUGAUACACCUGUGCACACCUGGCGGCCAGGACUCGCUCAGCCUGGAGAUCAUCCACCUGCACGAGCUGUGUGACGCGUCCGAGCUGGAGGUGCGUGAGCGUCUGUCGGUGUGUGAGGUCCGGCUGGGCGAUCUGGACCGGCGUCUGUCGCUGCGCACGGGCGGCCUGAAGGAGGAGCUGGAGGGCCUCCUGACGGAGCUGCGCCACCAGGACCAGGCGCUCGGAUACUGCCACCAGCAUCGGGGCAUCAGCCAGCUGCAGGACAGCUGGCACGGGCUCAAGUCCUGUGAGAAGAGCCUGGAGGGGUUAGAGGGCAAAGUUCGCGACCUUAGUUUGGCCCUGCGCACGGCACCGUCUGACGAGGACCUUCCUGCUGACAUCAUCUCCUCCGUUGACACGGUGACACAGACAUACUGCAGUUUGAGGUCGAGACUGUCGGACAAGCAGACGGAGUGUGCAGAGAACACGGUUCAGAUCAUCAGGGAGUCUCUGAAGGUGCUCCAGCAGUGGAACCAGACUGCAGACACACACCAGCAGGAGGAGUCCACCUUCACCAUACAGGAGCUGCUGGAGGAGGGUGCAGUUCUGCGCCAGAGCCUCCAGGUGGCGCUGUCUCAUAAGGAGCUGCUGCGAGACUGCCUGGGCCCGGAGCUGGCAGGGAAGAUGGAGAGAGACGCCACCAUAACAGUGAAGGAUGCAGACUCCAACAUGGCGUCCCUCACCCAGAGACUCAAGGACAUUGCAGAGCAGAAGAGGAAAGAGGCCAUCCGGCUGUCCCAGGAGAUAGAGCUGAAGUUUCCUCUUCUUGUUGAGAAAAGUCCAAGUCCAGUUUUAGACAGUUCUGUAUUCAGCUCGGCUGAGACUGCGUCCGCAGACCACCAGGGGGCUCCCUCCCUAUCCCCAGAGAUGCCUGAACAGAGAGCAGAGACCAAAGCUCCUGCCCCGCAGGUGCUAGACAGACCAUCAGCAACACACACUGUUAUCAGGUCUCAGGAGGUUCACCUAGCUACGAGAGAACCACCACUCCUGCAGGUGGCGCCCUCCUCAACGACAGAGACUCUCACCCCUAGAUACCAUGCAGGCCCCCUGCCAGCAGACACAGAGUCCAGAGAGGUGUCUGUUGAAGCGAUUACUCAGGGCCCAGGCUCCACUGAGUCCUCCGCAGCACUAGGGGCGCUGUUGAGGGAGAUGCAUGACGAGAUCCAGAGCACUGGGGCUGCUGCUGCCGCUGCCGCCGCUAAACAGAGGAGAUUCCUCACCCUGGAGAAGACACACCCUCCUCCUGACACGGAGAAGAAGACGACGACAGACCUCUCACCUGAGCCAGAGGUGAGUCCAGAUGUUGGAGGAUGGAGAGUGAUCCCCACCAUAGUGGAGCCGGGGGAGGAGAGUCCAUCAGAGGAAGAGGACACACAGUUAGCCAUGACGGGAGACCUCGGUCCAGAGGAAGAGAUCUCCUGGCCCCCCGUGGCAAAGGACAGCUUAUGGACUGCCAUGGCAAUGGAGGACAUUGGCAAUCGCUCACCCACAGCAGGGCGAGUUGGCAUGUGGCCACCCAUCGCUGGCAUGGAUAGGGUGAGGACCGAGAGCAUGAUGUCUGACGAGGAUGCUGUUUACGUUGUUGCCGAAUUACUGAAAAUGAAAGAAGAGGCAAUUGGGGAGGAGAGUUCCGACCAAGAGACAGAGGAGAGUGAUGUGGAUGCCACACAGAACCGUGGAGAUGGAGAACACGGAGGCAGCCAAGGCCCAACCACCAGACCAUCACCCAAGCCCAAGAAGAGGGUGGCCUCCCUUAUUCUGGACGAGGACACCAUCCAUAUUCAGAGUCCCGGGGUGUCGGACGCCGCCAGCAGUGACAUCAUACGUCUGGUGUCUGCUGGGAGUGUGGGCUAUGACAUCACAGCCCUUCAGCCGGGAGAGAAGGCAGAUUUGGAGGCCCAGGUCUCGGCUGCCACGCAGGGCAUGAAGCAUGGCGCCCCUCACAGGGAACCGCACGUGGAGGGGCCGGUUGCAGAGGCAUCACCCACUAGGAGCCAGGCAGAGCAGGUGGAGCAGGUGGAGCAGGCGGAGCAGGCGGAGAGACAGGCCGCUGGCGGGGCACAGGCCCAGACACCUCCAGCCACACCCACUGAAGCCGGCGCCGCCGCAGGGGCACAGGCAGAAGCGCCCGGCGCCUGGACCAGUGACAACGGCCCGAAUGGACUGCGCCGAGAGAUCGAGCAUUUCACCGUGGACAACGGCCCGCGGGAGAUCCAGCGGCGCUACAUCAUACUGGACCAGCCUGCGGAGCAGCCGGCUGCUCUGAGGCCGCCUGAGCGAACGGCGGCUGCCCAGCAACCAGACACGGUCAUCGACCAGCCCAGCGGACCCGCGGAAAGAGAGGACCGAGGACGUGACCAGGAACAGAUAGGGAAAGAGGAGCACGGAUCAAAGAGGGACGAUACUACUGGAGAUCAGGAGAGACAAGGAGAGGAAAAGGCCAAACCAGCUCCUCCCUCACGAAAGAAGAAUCAUCAGGCUGAGGUUGAGAAGAGAGAAACUGCAGUGUGUGCAGAGAGUGAACCGACACCACCCUCACACACACAUGAGGACAAAACAGCUGCAGAUGCUGCUAGUCAGGGCGGUUCGGAGCCUCAGAAGGCCCAGCCUGUCCCAUCAGUGAGGCGCAAAGAGAAGCCAGAGGCCCGUCGCCUCAGUCAGGUCAGCGCCGAGAUUCAACCACCGACGGAGGUCCAACCGACCCCACCCUCCAGGAGACGCAAGGAGAAGGCUGAUCCCAACCGCCUGAGUCAGAUCAGCAUUGACCCCCAGCUGGACCGGACUCCAGAGGUGCUGCCCACCCCUCCGUCCCGGAGGCGCAAGGGGAGAACGGAGGGAGAUGGCGAUGACAUCAGCUUGGGUGCUUCUGCUGCCGGUUCUUCCGACUUUCUACCAGUGCCACCCAGCCGCCGUAGAUCCAGGGUAGAAGGCGACCGGAUCAGUUUGAGUGGAUUUGAGGUUCUACCUACCCCACCAUCCAGAAGGCGUAAGGAACAGAUUGAGGGAGAUCCGAUUAGUCUCUCAGGUUCUAGCAUAAUUUCUCCUGAAGCUCUGCCAACACCACCAAGUAGAAGACGCAAAUCUCAAGUAGAAGGGGAUCAGAUUAGUUUGGGUGGUUUUGAGGUUCUUCCCACUCCACCAUCCAGAAGGCGUAAGGACAGGUCAGAAGGGGAUCAAAUUAGUCUUUCUGGUUCUAUCGCUGGUUCUCUUGAAGUUCUACCCACACCACCUAGCAGACGCCGCAAAUCCCAGAUUGAGGCGGACAGAUCAUCUAUGAGUCUGGAGGCCCCACAGGAGAAGCCGGAGAUCCAGCCUCCCCCUCCUAUCAGGAGGAAGAAAGACAAACCACCCAGCAGUGAAGCCGACAAACCAGAGACAGAAACAACAGACGCAGUGGUCAAGCCACCCAGCAGUGAAGCCGACAGACCAGAGACAGAAACAACAGACGCAGUGGUCAAGCCACUCCCACCAGCGAGAGGAGAGGCGAGCCUCAUGGAAGGAGACAAGGCAGUGAUUGCUGCCAAGCCAGAGGCAGAGGAAGUGAUGGAGAAGCCCUCUACAGGAGGGGGUGCCGAGGGAUUGACCCAACUGGAGACAUCCAUGGUGUCUGAGGAAGACUUGGCUAAAGAAGAAAAGCCCUCAGUCACUGUUGAAGAGAAACCAGCCCCACCAGUCAGACGCAAGGAGAAAAAAGAGCCAUCACCAGAGCCAGCCAAUCAGGAGCCAGAGCAGGCACAGGCCGAACCAAUCAGCAAGCCAGAAGAAAAGGAGCGGACUGCUACCCCUCAGCCAGAGGUGGAGCAGGCAGCCGUUGCCGUAGAAACAGAAGUCUCAGAGAGCGUUAAGCAGCGGCGUGUGAGUGCUGAGGAGCAGCUAUCUGCCAUGAUGCAGGCGGAGCGCCUCCUGCUGGAGGAUGAGUGUAACGACGAGCCGCUCGGCCCCAACAUGCAGGAGCUCUUCACUCAGAUCAGCAAGAUGACCCACGAUGGGUCCAGCACUCUCCCCUCAGAGGCUAAUGUGUUCAGGGAGCCUCUGUCCAGUCUGGAGGCCUCCCUGCGUGACCAGGACGCUCGGCUCACUCGUCUGGUGCUCAGAGUCCUCAGCUGUGAGACGCGGCCCGCAGAGCUCAACACCGACGCCAUGACCCGACAGCUGGAGGAGACCGAGGAGUGCAAGCGCAGUGCUCAGAGAGAGAUCUCCGCCCUCUCCCAGCUGCUCCAUGCUAACACUAGCCCUGACGCUAACGGUGAAGGUCAUGACCUUGAGGACGGCGACCUUGAGGCAGAGCAGCAGCUGGAGGGUCAGUGGUCAUCCGCCCUAUGGGACGCCUCAGCAGCGGUGGUCUCCAAGGAGACGGAGCUGGGGCUGGUGACGGACUUCAGUCGUCAGAUGCAGACGGUUAAGGACGCCCUGAAGGGCCUGCAGACAGAACUGGACAACGUCAAGACGACUCCGCAGGAGAGCAGCUUCCUGGAGGCGGUGCGUGUGCAGGCGUUCCUGCGCAGCAUGGAGCAGGAGAGGUGCAUUGUGGGAGAGCUGCUGCGGACGCUGGCCAGCCUGGCGCCGCGUCUGAGCGAGCCGGACCGCGCGAGCGCGCACACACAGCUGCGGAGGCUGCAGGCGGAGUGGCGUGCGCUGGAGCGCGAGGGGGAGAGGACCCUGCAGCGCGUGCAGCACUUCUCGCGCGAGAGCGCCCUCUUGCUGCAGGAGGCCACCGGGCUGCAGGAGCACCUGCGCCACCUCCAGAGGGCGCUAGAGCCCUCGCCGCCCACCGCUCCGCCACCCUGGGACCCCAAAGCGGCGCGCGAGGCCAUGCUGCUGACCGCAGAGCUGACCGCCGCCCAGCAGAGCUACCUGCACCUGCAGCACAGCGCAGAGGCCCUCACACACAGCGCACACAGCACCCUCUGGCGGGCGGAGGCCGGUAGUGCGGAGCGGGCGCUGCAGGCUGUGCGCACACAGCUGGAGCAGCUGGGGCAACAUCUGGCCGCCCAGACGCCCGUCUGCGCCAACCCCACCACCGCCAAGAUCGUCAAGGUGAUGACGGACGCCCAGUCGUGGGCCAAGCGGACGGAGAGCGACAUCGAGGGCCGCCGCCGCAAGGUGGCGCUGUUCCCCGAGGAGGUCCACCGGCAGGCGCGCGAGCUGAAGCGGCUGCGGGCGGAGAUGGGCUGCAAGCAGGCGCAGCUGGAGGCGCUGGUGGAGGAGGUGACGGAGCUGACCCCCGACCUGGACCCCGCCGACGUCCCCAUGGUGACGGCCUCGCUGCGCGUGCUGCAGGGGCUGUCCGAGAGCACGGCCGAGCGGCUGGCCGAGGCCGAGCGAGAGAUGGAGGCGGCGCUGGAGAGGCGGGAGCGGCUGGCCGAGCAGGCGGCCGAGGUGGACGCGUGGGUCAGCGGGCAGCUGCAGCGAGAGGCCCAGCGCAGGACUGACGACCACAGCCAGGGGGCAGCAGAGCUGCAGCGGCGAUCGCAGCAGCUGCGGAAGGUUCUGGAGGAGGCGGAGCAACAGACGGCGGUGUGUGAGGCGCUCGCGAUGACCGGUCGCGACGUCGCCGCCGAGCUCAGCGUGGCCGAGAACUGCCUGCUGGACGAGCGGCUGCAGCAGCUGCGGGAGGACGUGAGGGCCGUGGCCGCGUACGAGCGGGACCGCGGGCAGGAAGUGGACGAGCGGAUGACCGCGCACGAGUCCGCCCAGCGCAGCCUGGUCGCCGUGGAGAAGAGCCUGCGGAACAUGCUGCUGGAGCUCAAGCAACAACGCUUCCCCGUCACACGCCAAGCGCUGACCAGCGUCCAGCCCCUACGCCACGCCAUCAUGGAGCACAAGAGCCAGGUGGAGCGGCUGCAGCCGUGCCCAGAGGAUAAGCGGCGUGAGCUGCUGGCCGUCAUAGCGGAGCUCCACCACAAGAUGGCGGCGCUGGAGCAGCGGGCGGUGGAGCACGAGCGCUACCUGGCCUACCGCCGCCGCGUGGAGGACCUGAAGGAGGACAUGGAGGCGCGCGUGCAGCUGACCCGCGACGAGCAGCGCAGCGCAGAUGAGCGCUACAGACACUGCCAGGCCCUGCUGAGUGACAUGCCGCUGGUCAAGCUGCUGUGUGAGGAGGCUGCCGAGGAGCUCCAGCAGGUGGCGCCAGAGCUGUACCCCAGCCAGCUGACGGCCGAGCGCAAGCGGCUCACCGCGGCCCUGGACGCGCUCAACACCUGGGAGCUGACGGCCCACAACAACCUGCAGAUCCUGGAGUGGGACCAGCUGCGCGGCGUCCACUACCCGUCCGAGUGCCGCGUGGUGCUGCGGCUGCUGCGCGACGCCAACCGGGCACUAGAGGGCGCUGUUGCGCUGCCCGUGCAGCAGGAGGCGCUGGACCGAGAGCUGCGCAGGUGUCUGGCCCUCAGGAAGAGCGUGGAGAACCGCGCCAGGGUUCUAGACGUUCUAGAGCACAGGAAGGGACUCAGCAGCGACGAGAAGGAGCAGAAGGCACUCGUGCUGCGCGUCAAGAACCUGGUGCUGGACAAGUGUGACAAGAAGAUGGAGUGUGUGUCGCGUGCGCGUAAGGCGCUGCGUGGCUACGUGUGUGUGAUGGGCGCGGCGGUGCUGUUCCUGCAGAGGGCGGAGACCGCGCUGCUCCCGUCGCUGGCGUCGGCGCGCACCUGCUCCCAGCGGCUCAAGGACGUGCAGCAGGCCGCGGAGCAGCUGCAGCGCGACUUCCACACGCACGUGGCCCGCCUCCGCACCCUCGCCCCAAACGCACCCUGCUUCUGCCCAGACCAGCUGCAGCGCCUGCAGCCCACCGUGCUCAGCCACCUCCUGGUGCGCCUCGCCCAGCUCCAGGCACAAGCCCAGCUCCGCACACAGAGCCUGCAGGGGUGUGUGGAGCGGCAGAAGACGGUGCGUAAGCACUACGAGGAGAUCUGCCAGCAGGUGCGUGAUGCAGAGACCGCCCUCGCCGACUGCUCCACCCACAACAUCACCACACAGAAGGACUGCGACGCACAGAGAGACAAGCUGAAGGCCCUGGUGGAGGAGGUGGAGUCUCUGCCCGUUGCCAUGGAGAAGCUGCGUGAGUGGUGUCCAGUGCAGGGUUGCCGUAGUAACCGUGAGGAGGCGGUGACCUCCCUCUGGGGGCAGGUGUCCAGAUUGCAGCGCUGCAGCCGAGACCUCCGAGCUCGCGCAGAGACCAGGACCAGAGAGUGGACCAACAUCACCAAGAGUGUGGAGAAGGCGUCCAUUGUGCUGGAGCAGGUGGAGGCGGAGCUUCCUGAGUCGGGGGUGGAGUCUGCCGUGGGGGAGGAGUUACAGGAGCGGCUGCAGUACUGGACGCAGUAUUCUGAUAGGCUGGACUGCGAGAGCCACGCCCUCUCCGCUCUCGAGCUCCGAUUGGCUCGACUCAUCGGGGUACCGCCCACUCUGGAGCAAGCCCCGCCCAUCCCUCUCUGCCAGGAGCUACAGGCCAUGCAGCAGCGAUACAGCAGGCUGCGUGAGAAGAGUGUUCUAGGGCGGCGUGCGACGCUAGCGGAGCUUCAUGAGCGGGAGAAGGUGCUUCAGGAGCUGCAGGGUGUCAGGAAGUGGCUCAUCGCCGCGGUAACGCUCUCCGCAGCACUGGAGGAGACCCCCAGCACACAACAGCUACAGGAGGUACACGGGGAGCUGUGUACCCAGAAGGCCGUGCUGCAGCGCAUCAUGGAGUCGCUGCGUAUGAAGUACUCGGACAUGUACAUGCUGGUUCCCGUGGAGAUCGAGGGCCCGCUACAGGAAGUGUCCAGCUCGCUGCAGGAAGUGGAGGAGCAGGUGCUGGAGGCAGUGGAGAAGAGUGGUCCUCUGCACCGUCUGGGGGCCAAGGUGGCGCAGAUCAGAGCAGGUCUGGAGUCAGUGCAGAGCCGCCUCCAGCAGCACAGCGCCACCAUCGCAGAGGCCGAGGGCACGCAGAAGAUUGUGUGGGACGAGCUGGACGUGUGGCACUCCCGUGUGGCGUGUGUGGAGGUGGAGCUGCAGGACCUGAGUGAAGAGCGCCCCCUGGAGGCCCAGACGCUGACCGACACCCUGGCCGACACACAGCACCUCCACACACUCCUCACCAAGCAGGCCGAGCAGCGCACCACCCUGCUCAGCAAGAUCCGUGUGUGGACGCAGGACCAUAAGGAGAUGGUGCAGAGCUCCCAGAGUUGGCUGACCGAAGCUCAGUCCUGGCUCACCACCCCCUGCACAUACACCAGCGCUAGAUGCCUAGACAACCACGUUAACGCCCUACAGACGGUGCUGGACGACUCUGCUCAGAUCCGCCGGACGCUGCAGGGGUUCGAGGGCGUGUUGCGGGAGAUGGCCGAGGUGUGUGAUGUCACCGGGCUGAGGGACCAGCUGACCGCCGCUGACCAGCGAGUAGCCGCCAUGCAGACCAGCUACAUAGCACCCCUCAACCAGCUGCAGAACAGCGCUGCCGAGGUGGAUGCCAUUGAGUCGGAGGUGAAGGCCAUGGAGAGGGACAUGCUUGCGGUCAGAGAAAUCCUCUCCCCUCAGGGCUCCAUCACCAACAUCCCCAAGGACAAGCUAAAGGAGGCGCGUAGUCGUAUUGACCUGAUGAAGAGGACCAUAGAGGAGAUCCAGAGCUGCAGGGCGGGGCUAUGUCUCCCCGAGGGGGCGGAGCUAACUCUCACCGUCUUCCCCAAAGCAGAACAGAUACUGCUGCACCUGCUACAGCUGGAGAAGUUGAUUCCAAAGCAGGUGGAUGAGGAGGACGCACCUGCUAAAGAGAAGAUCUCCCCGUCUAUCACUAAAGCCCCCUCUCCCCUCCCUACUGCCCCCACUAAAGCCCCCUCUCCCCUCCUUACUGCCCCUGCAAAAGCCCCCUCUCCCCUACCUACUGCCCCUGCAAAAGCCCCCUCUCCCCUCCUUACUGCCCCUGCAAAAGCCCCCUCUCCCCUCCCUACUGCCCCCACUAAAGCCCCCUCUCCCCUCCUUACUGCCCCUGCAAAAGCCCCCUCCCCCCUCCCUACUGCCCACCCCCGUCCAAUGCUUCCUCUGGCUAUUGCGUCCCAGGAGAGUGAGGAGCGGGGUCAGAUUCAGAUUGCCCAUGUUGAAGAGGACGUUCUAAAGAGAACCGGCGGAACCCUCAUGAAGGUGGAGGGUGUCAGCCCGCAGCAGAGACUGGCCUCGGGCACGGAACCGGACAGCCAGCCGCCACCAGACCAGAGCACUCAGCAGAAGGCAUGGAACACCUCAACAUCAGAGGAGGAAGAGGAGGAGGAGGAGGAGGAGGAGGAGGGGAAGGAGGAGGACAGAGAGAACGAAGGAGGUGAGAGUGGAGAGAGAGAGGAAGAGGAGGACAAACUCUCUCCUUUCUUCUCCUGUGACUCGGACAGCAGCAGUGAGGAAAAGGAAGGAACAUCUGCCCUUAGAGCCGAGGCUGGAAACACAGACGAGAGUUCUGUAGCAACCUCAGAACCAAAGGCUGUAGUGGGCGUGUCUCAGCUGGGGUCAGCGGGAGCCGUGUCCAAGCCUGUGGCCACCGUCCGAACGCAGUCGCUGCCCCGAGAGCUGGUAACCACGCCAACCGUUAAAGAGCUCUCCCCAUCCCCCUCUAGAGGAACCAAGUGUGUCAUCUCCUAGAACCCCGUAGAACCCUCCGAAUCCUUAGAACUCCUUACUAGAACCCUACCCACCCACCUCUCACUAGCUCCACCCUCUUCAGUGCUUUUACAUGGCGGGUUCUGGAUGAGUUCGGUUCCGUCGUGUGGAGAGUGGAACGUUCUGCCGACGGAACCCUCUGGUUCUGAUUCUGAUUGUGACAGACUCUCUUUGGAAUCUGACCCUUGACCUCUGACCUCACUGUGUGUUUACUCAACUCUACUGGACUACUGGAACAUGCCCCGCCUCUGCCUUUCUGAUCAGCCAAUGAGAGCGCGGAGAUGCAGAGCUGGGCGUGGCACCUUGCACACUCACUCACACAGAGUUUGGCUGUUGGCUGUGUUGGCUGGUUGAGCUUUAACUCCAGGCCUGAAGGGGGCGAUAGGGUGUCCUCCUCAGAGGAGCUCAUAAGCCUGUCUGUUGAGAGAAAGUUGGAUUUGGUGACGUCCUCACGGCUGCAUGCUACUCUGCAAUGAUUAAACACUAAAAUGAUGUCCUAAAACACUGCUCUGUGGCCUGCUUUUGUAUGAUAUUGACCAGGUGGGAUGUUCCUAUUUCAAAUGAUGACAAAUGCUGACUGUGAUGUGUGAUGUUCUGGAUGAUUCUGUACUAAGAGCGUUAAAGCUGCCGAUUCCCCUGCUCAGAGGGCCACUGAUGGGUCACUGAAACUGCCAUGUGUCUCCCUGCUCAAGUGAAGUGUUUCUCUGACCGUGCUGUUGGUCUGGGCGCCCCCUGCUGGUCAGCAGGGGAACUGACCAUGAGCUGUGUCCAGAGGAGAGCUAUAUUUGUGUCUGUGCCAAACAUGUUCCCCUGGUGUUCACCAGCUCCUCUCUGCAGCCAUGUAAACGCACUGUCUUCCUGCUGUAGCCUGUAGCCUACCCACCCCAGCAUGCGCUAGUGUGUGUGUGUGUGUGUGUGUGUGUGUGUGUGAGUGCCUCACUCUUGUCAUCACCAUGGUCUGCCUUGGUGCUGUUGUUUGUACACUAAGUGAAUAAAGGGAGAACUGAUGAA